ACUAUAGAUCUGGCAGGAGAAAACCAAAAAAAGCAACCGAAGAAUGAGAAACCAUACAGAAGUAACAGAAUUUAUCCUCCUGGGACUUUCAGAUGACCCAAAGCUUCAGGUGAUGAUCUUUGUCUUUCUGCUCAUCACCUACAUGCUCAGCAUCACUGGAAACCUGACCAUUAUAACCCUUACCCUGCUGGAUUCCCAUCUCCAGUCCCCCAUGUAUUUCUUCCUCAGAAAUUUCUCCUUAUUAGAGGUUUCAUUCACAACUGUCAGUAUACCUAAGUUCUUGGGCACCAUUAUUUCAGGUGAUAAAACCAUUUCCUUUAAUGAUUGCAUUGCUCAGUUAUUUUUUUUCAUUCUCUUGGGAGUCACUGAAUUUUACCUUCUGGCUGCCAUGUCCUAUGAUCGUUAUAUUGCCAUCUGCAAACCUCUGCAUUACAUGACCAUCAUGAACCGAAGAAUCUGUAUACUCCUUGUCUUCUCUUCAUGGCUAGUUUCAUUCUUAAUCAUAUUCCCUGCACUCAUGUUGCUCUUGAACCUGGAUUACUGCAGAUCAAAUAUUAUAGACCAUUUUACCUGUGAUUAUGUUCCCCUGCUGCAAAUUGCUUGUUCAGAAACAAAAUUCCUAGAGAUGAUGGGGUUCUCCUGUGCUGUGUUUACUCUGAUGUUCACUUUGGCAUUGAUAUUUCUGUCUUAUCUCUAUAUCAUCAGAACGAUUUUAAGAAUUCCUUCUACUGGUCAGAGGACAAAAGCCUUUUCUACAUGUUCGUCUCACAUGAUUGUCAUCUCCAUCUCUUAUGGAAGCUGCAUUUUCAUGUAUAUUAAACUUUCAGCAAAAGAUAGGGUGUCCUUGAGGAAGGGAGUUGCUGUGCUGAACACCUCUGUAGCACCCAUGUUGAACCCCUUUAUUUACAGCUUAAGGAAUCAGCAAGUCAAGAAAGCUUUCAUGAACAUGGUGCAGAGGACUAUUUUUCACAAGCAAAGUAAAUAAUGUGGCAUAAUGAAUUAGAGACACAUUGCAG